ACAUUUCCUUAUCAUUUGAGCCCCAGAAUGUACCCACAGAACUAUCAGUUCUCAGAAAUGUGCCCAUCUCUUCUCUUGGCUGGAUUUAAUAAGAUGGACUACAAAAGGAGCUCAUGAUAUGACAUAUCCUGGUUGAAAGGAAGAGAGUGGAGACUAGCUAGCAAUGAUCAUCUCUUUGCUUCUCUUUUUUCUUUCUGCUCUUCAUAGCACAGUUUCGCUUGUGGAUACAAGUACAUUUCUAAUAUAUAAUGAAGACCAUAAAGUCUGUGUAUAUGUUCAGGCGGCCACCUAUGUUACAACGGCUGCUUGUAGUUAUGAAGACAAGGCACAGAAAUUCAAGUGGAUUUCCAGGUACCAGUUGAUGAGUGUUUCUGAGAAAUUAUGUUUGGGAGUAGCUUCAAAAAUUGACUGGACACCAGUUGAACUCUACCCAUGCAAUUCAACAAAUAGUCUCCAGAAAUGGGAGUGCAGAAAUGACACACUUUUUGCCAUUCAUGAGGUAAACCUGUAUUUCAACUACGGCAACAAAAAUGAAAAAAGAAUUAUGCUCUACAAAGGAUCAGGCUUGUGGAGUAGAUGGAAAGUCCAUGGAACUAAAGAUGAUUUAUGCUCUCGAGGCUAUGAAGACUUAUUUACCUUAAAAGGUAACAGCAAUGGGGCUCCUUGUGUAUUCCCUUUUCAAUUUACUACCAAGUGGUAUGCAACAUGUACAAUUGAAGGAAGGACUGAUGGUUUGCUAUGGUGUUCAACUACAAGGAAUUAUAAUAAAGACAAGAAAUAUGGAUUUUGUCCUGUGAAAGCUGAUGUAGACAUCUAUUGGAUUACAGACCCUAUGGCAAAUGUCCAGUAUCAAAUAAACUCAGAUGCUGCUCUAACCUGGUUCCAAGCUAGUAAAAGUUGCCAGCAACAAGAUGCCAAUUUGUUGGGUAUUACAGAAGUACAUGAACAAAUGUACCUUACAGGGUUCACUUCUAAUUUGAAUACUGCACUCUGGUUUGGUCUUAACAGUUUGGAUUUCAACAGUGGUUGGCAAUGGAGUGGUGGCUAUCCUUUAAGAUAUCUAAAUUGGGCACCAGGAAGCCCUUCCCCAGAGCCUGGGAAGAUUUGUGGAGCAUUAAAUCCUGGUAGAGCUGCCAAAUGGGAAAACCUGGAAUGUGAUAAAAAACUUGGUUACAUUUGUAAAAAAGGAAAUGCCUCUCUGAACAACUUCAUUAUUCCUUCAGAUUCUGAAAUACCAGCUGAUUGCCCUGAAGGGUGGAUAUUUUAUGUGGGUCAGUGUUAUAAGAUUCGCAGACAAACUACUUCCUGGCAAGAUGCUUCUAAUCUGUGUAGAAAGGAGGGUGGUGACCUGGCGAGCAUCCAUAACGUGGAAGAGUACAGUUUUAUUUUUUCUCUGCUUGGGUACAAACCAAGUGAUGAAUUAUGGAUUGGUCUGAAUGAUCUCAAGAUCCAAAUGUUCUUUGAAUGGUCAGAUGGGAGUCCUGUGACAUAUACCAAAUGGCUCCGAGGCCAGCCAACACAUACUAACAACAGGCAAGAAGACUGUGUGGUCAUGAAAGGAAAGGAUGGGUAUUGGGCAGAUGAACCUUGUGACAUGGAACAUGGAUACAUUUGCAAAAGGAAACCUUUAAAAAAAACACCAGAAAAGGAUAUAAUUGAUGAAGGGUGCUCAAAAGGCUGGAAAAGAUACUAUUUAUUCUGCUACAUGAUUGGAAGUACAUUUGCAUCAUUUGCUCAAGCAGAUCAAAGAUGUACAGAAAAUGGGGCUACUUUAGCCUAUAUUGAAAAUAGAUAUGAACAAGCUUUUCUGACCAGUUUGGUUGGCUUCAGGACUGAACCUUACAUCUGGAUUGGUCUUUCUGACAUACAAGAAAAAGGAACAUUCAGGUGGACCAAUGGACAACCAGUCCAGUUCACUCACUGGAAUUCAGAAAUGCCAGGUCGGAAGCCAGGCUGUGUUGCAAUGACAACUGGAUUUACAGCUGGAUUAUGGGAUCUUCUGAAAUGUGAGACCAGGGCAAAGUUUCUUUGUAAGCGCUUUGCUGAUGGCGUGACCCCUCCACCGAUACCAACUACAACACCUGCUCCUCAGUGUCCUGAAGGCUGGGCUGCAAGUGAAGAAAGAAAUAUGUGCUUCAAAGUUUUCUUAAACCAUGGCAAGAGGUCAUGGGCAGAGGCUCGGAGUUUCUGUUUAGCAAUUGGAGGAGAUCUGGCUACCAUUUCUAGUACCAAAGAAUCCAACAAGCUGCAGAAUUAUUUGCGGAUUUCUGGAAUCAUGCAAUACUGGAUUGGUUUAAAUUAUAUAAACCAACAGGAUGGGUUUAAAUGGAGUGAUGAUUCACCACUAGGUUAUGUCAACUGGGCAUAUGGAGAACCCAAUAAUUAUAAUGGAGCGGAACAUUGUGGAGAGAUAAAUCCAGAAAAUAUGUAUUGGAAUGAUGUACACUGUGAGGAAAUGUUUUUCUGGAUCUGCCAGAUUACGAAAGGUGUGCAACUAAAACCAGAACCAACAAAUCCACCCCCUAUAAAUUAUCAAUUUACUAGUGAUGGCUGGGUCGUCAAUGGAGACAAGCAAUAUUAUUUCAACACCAACAAAUUUCCAAUGGAAGAAGCUCGUGCAUUUUGCAAAAGAAACUUUGGAGAUUUGCUUGUCAUUGAAGACAACACUGAAAGGAAGUUUAUCUGGAAAUAUAUCUUACAAAACGAACAGGUGAAUAGUUAUUUCAUUGGACUGUACCUGAGCCUUGAUAAAGUAGUCAGCUGGAUGGAUAGAACUCCUGUCCAGUAUGUUGCCUGGGCACCACAUGAACCUAACUUUGCAAACAACGAUGAAAACUGUGUGGUCAUUUAUAGGAAUACAGGACUUUGGAAUGAUAUAAACUGUGGCUAUCCAUCUUCUUUCAUAUGUGAACGACAUAUCAACUCAGUCAAUGUAACUGUUGCCCCCACACCACCUUCUUUUCAAGGAGGAUGUGCUGAAUCUUGGCUUUUGUUUGAAAACAAGUGCUAUAAAUUUUUUGGAUUUAAUCAAGAAGAUGGAAAAAAUUGGAAAAAUGCACGGAAAGCUUGUCAGGAUUAUGAAACUGGAGGAAACCUGGUUACAAUACUCAAUGAAAGGGUACAAGCCUUUCUCACCUUCCAUUUAAAUAAAUUCCAAAGUGAUGUAUGGAUAGGACUAAAUGACAUCAAUGAGGAUCAAAUGUACCUCUGGACAGAUGGAAGAGGAGUCCGUUACACCAACUGGGAUAAAGGUUUCCCACUGAGUUUUGGACAAAGCAGUGAAGAUUGUAUUACAAUGAAAUCGUCGCCUUACAAAAGUGCAGGCUUAUGGAGAAAUAGUUAUUGCUACUAUAAGAAAGGAUACAUAUGCCAAACUAACACUCACCCCAAAUACUCUUUUCUUCCAUCCACCACCCCAGAGCAGCGUUUCCAUUAUAGAAAUAGCAGCUACUUCAUCAUUGAAGCCAAAAUGACAUGGGAAGAUGCAAAGAAAAGUUGUGACAGGAGAGACUCGAGUCUUGCUAGCAUUUUAGAUCCCUUUGGCCUCUCAUAUCUCUGGCUAAAAAUACUAAAACAAAAAAGGAUUGUGUGGCUUGGCCUCAACAGUAAUCUGACUGGUGGACAAUACAUAUGGAUUGAUAAGUUCCGGAUGAAAUAUACUAAAUGGGCAGCAAAUGAACCAAAACAAAAAUUAGGCUGUGUUUAUAUGGAUUUGGAUGGGACCUGGAAGACAGACUCAUGCAAUAGAAAAUAUUUUCCUCUUUGCAAAUAUCCCAAGGUGUUUCCACCUACUGUUCCACCCCAAGAACCAGGAAACUGCCCACUUACAGUGGAAAAAUCUUGGAUUCCAUUCCGCGGUCAUUGCUAUCACUUUGAAGCCUCAUCAAAGAUGAGUUGGCCAAAGGCAUCACUAGCUUGUUUGCAACUAGAUGCCUCUCUGGUUUCAGUAAUGGAUACAGUUGAAGCAAACUUUCUAAUAGAAUUUACAGAAAAUCUUGAAAGCAAAUCCCAAGCAUUUUGGAUAGGAAUGUUCAAAAAUCUAAAUGGUGAUUGGUUAUGGAUUGACAAUUCUGUUGUGACCUUUGUCAACUGGAACACUGGAGAACCUUCAAGUCAGUAUGAUGAACAUUGUGUAGAAAUGUUUGCUUCAAAUGGGAUUUGGAAUAAUAUUUAUUGUAAUUCAUAUCUGGGAUAUAUUUGCAAAAAACCCAAAAUUGUUGAAACAGUACCUACUGAGAAGAUGAAAGAAAACAAAGAAUCAAGAAAGACAGAUGUCAUUCCUUCACAAACCCAUAACAAAGCCAUCAUUGUGGUGGUGCUGGUGAUCCUCAUCCUUUCUGGAGCUGCUCUCACAGGUUUCUAUUUCUACAAGAAAAGGAAUCAACAUGGCUUGACAAAUGAGAAUUUUGAAAAUUCUUUUUAUUUUACUGGUGGAGCUGCUCCAAGAACUAGCGAUGGAAUUGAUCUGGUCAUGAACAUGGAGCAGAAUGAACAGGCAACCAAUUAAUUUGACAACAAUCUAAACUGUCUCUUGUUAAAUCAACACUGACUUCUGAAAGCACAUUCUAAUGUCAACUUAACAAAAUAAUUAUAAUGAGUCUAUCUGUUUCAGCAUCCUUACUACAUAUCAAAAGCAACAAUCAUUUCAUUGCAGACACUAAAUAAUGCAAAGUAAACAAUACUACCAAUAGCUAAAUUGUUGUAUAACAAGAGGCAGCUUAUAACAUUUAAAUGAAGAUCCAUUCUCAAAUUCAUACAGCAGUCCGAGGGAAAUGGCAACUGCUAAAUUUGGUGGUAUUUCUGCACUAAAAAAAAAGUAGAAAGGAGAGGAAAGAACUAGAGAACUACAUUAGUAAUCUGUAUUCUAAUGCUGAAUUCCUGAAACAAAAAUAAUGGAAUAAUUUACAUUAACUUGAAGGGCAUAAUAAAUAAGAGAUAUGAAAAAGUGUUCUGUCUGGAGAAGUAUUGUCAUUGCUUCCCUUUAUUUGCAUCACUAAAUUUGCCCCUGUGUAAAUUAUUCACAGGAUAACAUCAUUUAAUAUUUGGACAGCAAGAUGGGCAGGAUAUAAAUUUAAUAAACAAAUAAACAAUAAAUUUUGAUAUAUUCCCAUUGGAAGGGCAGAUCUAACAAUCUACUGAAAUAUUUAAUUGCUUUAUUGAAUGUGCUGUACUUUUUAAAUCAGUAGCAAAUUUGCAAAUGCAAAUGUAUCUAACAUAUUUUUCUGUUAUAUCAUCAUAUGCUCAAAUUGUUCAUCAAAAAGAAGCCUGCAAAUUGCAUACCAAACUAUUGCCAUUAUAUUAGUAUUACAGGAAGAAUUUCAGAUCAGAUUCAUAUAGUCAAAUGGUAGAGUUGGAAAGGAUCCCAAGGAUCAUCUAGAAAGGUUCCCAAGGAUCAUCUAAUCUAACCCUUUGCCUUGUGCAGGAAAACCAAUUAAACCACUCUGAAGAGGUUAAAAUAUCUUCUUAAAAACCUUCAGAGAUGGAGAACCCACAACCUUGGUAAGUGGAAUGCUUAACUUUCCAUCUUACCAUUACAAAGUUUUUAUUUCCAAUACACAUUAUUUCUGGUUCUAGUUUUGGAACAGUACAAAAUAGUUAGUGACUAUUUUCUCUGUAUGUUGGUCAAUGACUGCAAUAUGUAACAUUUUCUCUUUGAUAUGCUUUCAUGUACAGUAUUUGAACACUGUUUUCCUUGCACCUUCUUUUUUGCAGACCAGAUAUUUCAAUUCUUCCACCUAUCUUUGUAUCACUAAUCUCCCUUGUUUGAGCCUGUGAAUAUAGGUGAUACUUUGGGGAAGCAAUCAUUUUAGGUGUCACUACUUCACUUGGCAUAUUUCAUGUAUUGUAAUUUUAAAAUGGCCUCAAAUAUUUCAAAUAUCCUUGUGCCAAAAAGCUGAGUGAUUUAGGUCAUUAGAAAGUGCUUUUCAUUUGGGGGUUUAUGCAGAUGCCAUCUCAGAUAUGUUGUGUUGCUGCUUUUUCUUUAGAUUUAGUCCAUGAUAUUUCCACCUAAACAUUGCCAGAGGAAAAAUGGGGAAACAUACAAGUUAAGAUAUGUCCCUCGGCUUAAACAAAAUUUUGGAAACAAGGCCAGUAGACAGAUAACCAACAAAUGUCCAUAGCAUUUAUGUUAAUGUUAUGCAUUAAGCUCUCAUCCUAUUUUCCAAUCCUUUGUUCAGAACUCUGUCAAACAUGGUCUGCUGCUUCCGAUAUCUGCUACAUGAGGAUUAUGGGGAGAAAGAGAAAAUAUGAAAAAGAAAAGGGAAGGAGAACUGAACUUCUCUUACCCCUCAUUAUGGACAUUUUGUUUUAAUUCCUGUAAUUAUUACCAUGAAUUAUACAUCCACUUUAUAUAAUUUUAUAUAAUUUUAAAAUUCAUAUGAUGAAAUAACUGACUAUUUCAAAUAAUUCUGAAGUUCUCCUUCCCCAUUUGGAUCAAAAGUGUAUUUGAAACUAUUCAUUGAUGCUUAGAAUAACUCAGAAAAUAUUUUUAGAGCUGUAUGUUUAAUGAGGGACCAUAUGAAAUUGCAUUGUUUUCAAACUGUAAAUGAUGUUUAAUGUAAAAUAUAGCAGAGUUUAAUGGAUUCAUCUUCUCAAAUAUAAAUGAACAAAAAUAUGCAUGGGUUUCCUUAGAUCAGGGAUAGGCAACAUUGGCUCUUUUAUGACUCGUGGACUUCAGCUCCCAGAAUUCCUGAGCCAGCAUGGCUCAGGAAUUCUGGGAGUUGAAGUCCACGAGUCAUAAAAGAGCCAAGGUUGCCUACCCCUGCCUUAGAUCAUCUCUGCAUUUCCUUACAAUAAACAGCAACAGAUAUGUAUACUCCAAGUUGAAUGCUGAUUUUGUGAAUUGAAAAAUACUUUAUUAUAAAAUUCAUCUCCAAAAUUAAAAACAUCCAAACAAUUCUCAAUCUCAGCAUGCAUAUUAUGAUGUGAUUGUUGUUACUAAAUAUGACCUAUUUUACUUUUUUAAUAAUCUAUUUCCAAACUUCCAUUUAUCUGAAGAAUCGUUUGAUGCAAGGAAUCCAUGGGAUGAUUAAAAAAGAUGUUGAGACUUUAGAAAAAGUGCAGAGAAGGGCAACAAAGAUGAUUAGGGGACUGGAAACUAAAACAUAUGAAGAACAAUUACAGGAAUUGGGCAUAGCUAGUCUAGUGAAGAGAAGGACAUGAUAACAGUGUUCCAAUAUUUGAGGGGAGUCUCACAGAGAUGAGGGGGCCAACCUAUUUUCCAAAGAUCUGAAGGCCAGACAAGGAAUAGCAGAUGGAAACUUAUUAAGGAGAGAUUCAACCUAGAAAUAAGAAGAAAUUUUCUGAGAGUGAGAACAAUCAACCAACGGAGCAGAUUGUCUUCACAAGUUGUGGGAGUUUCAUCACUGGAAACUUUCAAGAAGAGACUGGAGUGCUGUCUGUCAAAAAUGGUGUAGGAUCUUCUGGAUGGGAGUUGGACUAGAUGACCCACAAGAUCCCUUCCAACUAUUCUAUUCUAUUCUAUUCUAUUCUAUUCUAUUCUAUUCUAUUCUAUUCUAUUCUAUUCUAUUCUAUUCUAUUCUAUUCUCAAUCUUUCUGUCCCAUCCAAAAUUAAUGCAUUAUCUUACCAUAUUAAGUUGUAUUUUUUUAAAAAAAUGGAACACAGGACAUUUUCAAAGCAUUAGCCUAGAGUAUCAUUAUCUUUACAAAGCUGUCUCUGGGCUUAUAUCAGCAUUCUGAGAAAAUAAAUAUGACUGCAAGCUAAUAUUCUCAAUUUCUGUCAAAAGAACAAUAAAGAGAUUAAUAAUGGGAAAUAUGCUAGGGAACCUGACAAGGAGUAAUUUUGUGAGCAAUAUUCUUUUGCGUUGCUAUAAUAAACCAAACCUGGUAUGUA